ACAGACGGUUCCGUCCCGGAGCUGCUCUCCGCACGAUGCAUCUUACCGACUAACACCCCCUUAACCCUGCGCGGAUCCCCGGGGGGCGGGACUGGCCUCGGGGUCCUGGGCAUUUCAGCCCCGGAGCCGCAGCCCUCAGCUCCGGCUGUCGGGGGGUGUUUUUACCGGGAGCUAAGCGGCUAACCGAGGCUCGUUAGAGUUAGCCGACCGGGAGCUGCGCGGCUCCCGCGGCCGGGGGGGGAGCGCCGAGAGGCGGCCGCGGCAGCAGGGCAGAGCAGGUGGCUGUGUGUAGUUUGAGUCUCAUCCUGCAUGGACCCGUCGCCAUGAGCAACAAGGAGAUGGUUUCCACGGAGACAGACAAUAAAGCUCAGAGGAAGGUGUUUGUUCCCAACAAGCUGCUGGAGUGUCUCCCUCGCUCGUCCACGCUGCCCAGCGAGCGUCUGAGGUGGAACACCAACGAGGAGAUCGCCUCCUACCUGAUAUCGUUUGACAGACAUGACGAGUGGCUCUCCUGCGCCCUGAAGACCAGGCCGAAGAACGGCAGCAUCAUCCUCUACAACAGGAAGAAGGUGAAGUACAGGAAGGAUGGUUACUGCUGGAAGAAGAGGAAGGAUGGAAAAACGACGAGAGAGGACCACAUGAAGCUGAAGGUCCAGGGCAUGGAGUGCCUCUACGGCUGCUACGUCCAUUCCUCCAUCGUGCCAACAUUCCACAGACGAUGCUAUUGGCUGCUGCAGAAUCCAGACAUCGUACUGGUCCACUACCUGAAUGUGCCCUCACUGGAGGAUUCUGGGAAAUGCAGUCCGCUGCUGUGCGCCGUGUCGGAUCGCCACGACAGCGUGAGGUGGAGCCGGGAGGACCUGCUGAGCCAGCUGAAGCCCAUGUUCUACAGCAUGAAGUGUUCGGUGGGCUCCGGAGACUUCAGCAUCGAGGACUUGGUUCAGCACAUCCUGGACCGGCAGAGAACCAAACCCCAGCCACGCACACACGCCUGCCUCUGUAAUACCUCCCAGGUGUCGGCGGGCGUGAACAUUCCCCACCGCUGCAACAGCACCAAGCACCGCAUCAUCUCGCCGAAGCUCCCCCCCUCCUCCUGCGGGCCCUCGCCCUCGCCGCUCUCCUCCGAGGCGGGGGAGGCCCCCCGGGGAGACGCGGGUGGAGGAGACGCCAGAGUCCCCCACCUCCAGGCUCAGAGCAGCCCCGCCUCCUCGCCCCGGCCCCUGUCCACGUCCUCCCCCCCCCAGCCGCACAGGCCCGCCGUCGCCGGGGGCGGAGCCGCCAACGGCGCCGCCAACGGCUUCUACGGGGACCUGGCCACGAUGACGCUGCCCCAGAACGCCGUGAUCGUCAUGGCGACCACGGCUACCAUCCCCGGGAGGAGAGCACGCCAGGGCGGGGGGCUCGCCGGCGGGGCCGGGUCGGAGGACGUGGGGCCGAGGAGGAGCUUCGGACAGCUGCUGCUGUCCCCGCCCUCCCCUCCUCCAUCCUCCUCCCCGACGCCUCCCUCCCUCCCCCCCGCCCCGCCCUCGGGGCAGCCCCCCGGCAUGGCCACCCUGUCCCUCACCCUCCUGCCCUCCCCGGUCAUCGGGGGUCUGCUCCUCACCCCCUCCCACUCCCACGCCUCCACCUCCCUCAGGUCUCCGCCCCCACCUGCAGCCGCCCCCCAGCCCUCUCCCCCUUCUCCCCUCUCCCCACCUCCGCCUCUCCCAUCCCUCCCCCCGGCCUUCGACCCCGAUUCCUUCCUCAACUCCCCCAAACAGGGACAGACGUACGGGGGCCCCCCUCCCCUCUCCACCCUGUCUGCCCUGAGAACCUCCUCACCCGUCUCUCACCCCUCCCUCACUCUCUCCCUUUCCCCCGCCUCGACCCCGCCCUCCUCCGUUUCUCCCCCUUCCUCCCUGUCCUCUCUCUCCUCUGAGGUGGACAGGAGAGACUCGUCGCUCCCCCUGUCCACAUCUCCUUCCUCCUCCUCCCCACCUUCAUCCACUUUCCCCCCCUCCCUCUCACUUUCUCCCACCUCUACCGUGGCGCCGCCCCUUCUCCCCCUCUGCCUAGAGCUGGGAGCUCUGGGGGAGUCGGGAGGACGGGAGGAAGGGGGAACCGAUGGAGAGGAGAAGGAGAGGAGAGGGGGGGGAGAUGACGAUGACGACGACGAUGAUGGCAGAGCUCCGCCCACCAAGCUGGCGCUCCUGCAGACAAGCCACGCCCCCUCCACAUCACUUCCUCUGCAGCAGAUGGACAGCAGCUCCGCCCCCUUGAUCUUGGCUCGCCAGGAUGGGUUGAGACAAACCUGCCACCCGGCCACUCAGGCGUUGGUCGUGGACCUGGCCAAUCGCCUGACUGCACACGGAACUCCUCCCCCAGCUGAGAUGUCCCAUCAGGCCUUGGAGCUGUGUAGUAACGGCCAAGCCGUCGCAGCAUCUGUCGCCAGUCCCGCACCUGUAACGCCCCCGGUCCAGGUGAAGGAAGAGGGCCGACGCAGUUAUGACUCGGAGGACACGUGCAUGGACACGAACUCUGAGGAGGAGGCGGAGUCGUGUGAACGGGGCGGAGCGGAGGAGCUCGACAUCUCCUUCGACAGCCAGUUUCCUGACCUCAUCUCUGACCUCAUCACCGAGGAAGCCACUCCCGCCACCACCGUCACCACCACUCCGACCCCGGCCGUGUUCCCGGCGGGGGUCCGCUACGUGGUGCCCCCACAACCCUCCCCCUCCUCCUCUUUCCUGCCCUUCCCUCACCUGCUGCCCUCCUCUACCUCCAUGCGCCUGGCCUCCAUCACCGACUUCUCUCCGGAGUGGUCCUACCCCGAGGGUGGAGUCAAGGUGCUCAUCACAGGACCGUGGAGCGAGCCGUCCGGCCGGUACUCAUGUGUUUUCGAUCAGAGCACCGUCCCCGCCUCGCUAAUCCAGCCUGGGGUGCUGCGCUGCUACUGCCCAGCCCAUGAGGCCGGUCUGGUGUGUCUGCAGGUUCUCGAGUCUGGAGGCGCUGUCUCCUCAUCGGUUCUGUUCGAGUACAGGGCGAGAAAUGCCAGCUCUCUUCCCAGCUCUCAGUUGGACUGGCUCUCAUUGGACGAUAAUCAGUUCAGGAUGUCCAUCCUGGAGCGGCUGGAGCAGAUGGAGCGCAGGAUGGCGGAGAUGGCCGCUCGCGACAACGUCCAGCAGCAGCAGCAGCAGCAGCAACAACAGCAGCAGCAGCAGCAGCAGCGCGGCAACCAGUUGGCCACGCCCCCUCCUCCACCUCUACCUGUGGACCAAGAACAGUCCUCUCAGUGGUUUGAAAGGAGGAUCGUCGGAGUCUGUGAGCGGAUGAUGAGGGGAGGACGGUGGGGAGCAGGAGGAGGAGAGAGGCUUCAUCACUCAGUCCGCCACCGUGGGAUGACGCUGCUCCACCUGGCUGCUGCACAAGGAUACACACACCUGAUCCACACACUGAUCCACUGGAGGACUGUAAACGGCGACAGUUUGGACCUGGAACAGGAGGUUGAUCCCCUGAACGUCGACCACUUCUCCUGCACGCCACUGAUGUGGGCGUGCGCGCUGGGCCACCAGAGGGCAGCGGAGCUGCUGUACGGCUGGAACAGCUCGGCUCUGGGAAUCCCCGACUCGCUGGGCCGCCUGCCGCUCGCCGUGGCCCGCUCCCGCGGACACACCCGCCUCGCCACGGCGCUGGAGGAGCUGCACACGCAGAGGACGCACGCCGCCCCGCAGGCAGACACGCACACGCUGGCCACGCUGCAGCCGCCGCCGUCUCCUCUCUCCACCAGCCCCGACACAGGUCUCAGCUCCUCCAGCAGCCUUCCCUCCCCUAGUGACCCGUCCUCCCCUUCUCCAAGCUCUGCCUACUCCAGUGGCCCCACCCCCAUGGACACCUCUCCUUCCUCUCCCUCAUCACUGUCCUCCUCUUCCUCCCUGCCCAUGUCCCCGCCCUCCCCCUCCUCCCUCCGUCUGCCCUCUCUGCCUUCAGUGUCCAUGUGGGGCGAGGAGCCCAACGGCACCUUCAGCACAGGGUUGAGUGCUGGCGGCUCCAGAGACUCCCCCCUCUACCUCAUGGACUACGAGAACACUUCCCCCGCCGCGGGGGGGCGGCGCUCGCACGCCGCCCAAACGCUGGAGGAGCAGCUGCUGAGCUACAGCGAGAACGCAGAGAACGAAGGCGAGGAGGAGGAGUACCUGGAGGAGGAGGUGCUACAGGUUGACAUGGCAACGCUGGCGGAGCAGAUCAUCGAAGCGACCCCCGAGCGAAUCAAACAGGAGGACUUCCCCAGGGGGGCGGAGUCGGCCCUCAGAGAGAGGCGGGACAACCCCGCCCUCCACGACACCUGGCUGGCCACCUACCUGGAGACGGUCGACGCACACUCCCCGCCCAGGAGGGUGUGCCCCCCCUCGCCGCUCAGCACUCUGGCCCUCCAGAGGCUCCGCCCACCUUCCUCCUUGGCGUGGGCGGAGUUUCUGAACGCAUCAGCCAACGGGAAGAUGGAGCGAGACUUUGCCCUGUUGACGCUGACGGACGGCGAGCAGAGAGAGCUGUACGAGGCGGCCAGGAUCAUCCAGAACGCCUUCAGGAGGUACAAGGGUCGGAGGCUGAAGGAGCAGCAGGACAUGGCUGCAGCCGUCAUACAGAGGUGCUACAGGAAGUACAAACAGCUAACAUGGAUAGCUCUGAAGUACGCCCUCUACAAGAAGAUGACCCAGGCCGCCAUCCUGAUCCAGUCCAAGUUCCGCUCGUACUACGAGCAGAAGCGCUUCCAGCAGAGUCGGCGGGCGGCCGUCCUCAUUCAGCAGUACUACCGCAGCUACAAGGAGUACGAGAGGCUGAAGCAGACGCCGCGCGGCGCCACCAGCCACAACCCCAAGAUCAAGGGCUCGUUCCUGACGAAGAAGCAGGACCAGGCGGCGAGGAAGAUCAUGAGGUUCCUCCGGCGCUGCAGACACAGGAUCAAGGAGCUGAAGCAGACCAGGGAGCUGGAGAGGAGAGGACUGACCACCUAGACCUCUUCAUCCCUUCCUUCAUCUCCUGGAGGACGAAUGCAAGCCAGAGAGGGGUGACCGACUGAGAGAAAUGGACCUGCGGAGGAAGGAAAAGCAAGCGACGGACAGAUAUGCCUUACCCCACAAGACUCUCCCUCCUCCCUGUCCUCGGCUUCUCAUCAAUCUGUCCAUCUCUGGAUGGAUGGAUGGAUGGAUGGAUGGAUGGAUGGAUGCUCCCGUCUUCUCUCCUGGUUGAAUGUAGCUGUCUGCAGCUUGAGGAGCUGCGUUCCUAAGCGCUUGCUGCCCUCAGCUCGGCCUGGCAGGCUCAGGGUCGCGCUUCGGCCCACAGCGAAUCCCUGCCUGUGCCCCGAGUUGAGUCUGGCAGGAGCAACCCGACAGGAGCACAUGAAGCCUGAAGUCUUAUUGCUUUUGAACGCAGCUCUGCGCACUUAAAAAUGUACAUGGUUUUAACAAAAGCUCCUUUAAAUCUAUUUAAACACAACCACAUAUAUAAACAUAGACGUAUAUGGAUUUAUAGAUGCUCUGGAUGUUUAUUUAUUACAGCAUGAACUGUUGUCGUGAGUAUGUGAGAGGUGUGUGUGUCCUGUGUGUGCUCACACACUGUGAAGUCUUAUUCACCCCCCCCUCGACCUCUGGCCUCAUCAUAGUGAUUAUUCAGGGAUGAUAAGUCAUUCAUCAACAACAACCACGGCCUCACUGCGUUUACAGUGGUGAGGUGCUGCUGACAUCACACCUGAGGCCCCGCCCCCUCCACACACACACAUUACUCUGACCUCGGUUCAGGGUGACGCACCACUUUAUAACACGAGCUUUCAGACUGAUGCUACGUUGAGCAUGAGGUUUGUUUUGUUUCUGGUUUAUUUUCUUUGGUUGUUCAACUGUUGCAGUGAAGCUUUGCACGAGUUUGUAUCACGUCGUUCUGCAUCCGGGAACUUUACUCUACCGACACUCGAAUAAAUUCAGCUGUUUCCUGUC